AUGGGUGAGCAACCCAAGAGGAAAUCAGGGAUAUUUGCAUCGUUGAGCGACGAUUUGCUUGGCCAAGUUGUUAACAAGGUCAAGGAUAAACAAGACAGAAAAUCAUUCUCCGAGGUCUGCAAGCAAUGGCUUAAAGUGGAAGGUCUAGACCGAUCAUGGCUUACCGUUUAUGUUAGAGAUCCCAUGAUUCCGCUUCCUGCACUAACUAGACUCCCAAAUAUAGUCAGUUUAGCAGUAUGGGAAUGCAGGCCCCACACCAACCUUGAAUUCAUAUCCCAUACAUGUCCCAAAAUCGAGAGCAUCAUGAUUGAAUGUAGAGAUGAGAAGCAAACAGGUGAUGGUGGUGUUUUGAGCCCCAAAGGUCUAUCUGCUUUGGGAGAAGGGUGUCCCAAAUUGUCCCAUGUUGAGAUUAUGGGGCUAAAUGCAAUAGGGAAUUCUGGAGUUGUUGAGCUUGUACAUUCAGCACAUAACUUGAAGUCCCUGCUUUUUCUAAGCAAUAAGUUGAUAUCAGAUGAAGCCCUCAGAGGAAUUGGGUCCGCAUCUUCCAUUAGCAUUUUAGAGUUGAAUGAUUGUGAUGACAUUACCAAUGAGGGACUGGCUUAUUUGGCGAAUGGAUCUACCUCGAAAACCCUCAAGAAAUUAAUCAUUGAGUGCCUUUGUAGGAGUAAAAUCACUGAUACCGGUGUCGAGAUUUUGCGCAAAAUGUGUAGCCUGGAGCACCUGGAAUUGUCCAUUUGGGGCACAACCGCCACAACGAGUCGAAUCACUGAUAUUGGAGGUGUGGGAAUCGCUGCCAUUUGA